AACAACCUGAUUUCAUCAUUAACCAAUCGGAUAUUUUGUAAAUUACAAAUCAAUCGACGUAGAUUUAUUUUCGUCUGUACUGUACUUUCGUAUUAUAGUUUCUCGUCGUCGAUAAAGGCGUAUAAACCGAUUUAAUUUUUAUUAAUUUUUUGCUACUGUGGAAACGGAAGGAGGACAAGAUGGCCACUACCCUAGACGGAUUUGUUCGCUUAUUUAACAACAAAAUAGAAGCUCCAGUUCAACGCCAUUUGAAAAACGUAUACAGUUGUUUGGCAAUAUCUACAUUAGCAGCUGCUGCAGGAGGAUAUGUUCACGUUUUCACUGAUAUUUUGCGGGGCAAUUUCUUGACAUCAUUAGUAGCCUUAGGGCUAAUGGUUGCUCUUGACAUUAUUCCAUAUGAUGGAGGAAAGAACAAUUCCCUGAGGCUUGGUUUAUUAACUGCCUUCAGUUUUGCAACAGGCUUAGGUCUUGGUCCACUUCUUGAUGUUGCCAUUGUUGUGAAUCCUGCAAUAAUCCCAACAGCAUUUUUAACAACUUGUUUGAUAUUUGUAUGUUUCACUCUUUGUGCAUUGUACAGUGAUCAGUACAAAUGGAUUGGCUUAGGUGGUACACUUAUGUCUGGAUUACUUUUGACAUUGCUUCUUGGAUUUGCUACUAUUUUCACUGGCUCCAGAUUCCUGUUUCAGGUAACAUAUUUUCUGUAGAAAAUAUUUUCCUCU